UUAAUAUUAUCACCGAGAGAAUGCCAGCCAGGAGAAGGACUGCAACACCGUCCACAAGCAGCGGCAGCACGGAAACCAGUCCACAGACAGAAGAUCCCGCGUACAAGUUGAAAAGAAAGAAGAAUAACGAGGCAGUGCAGCGAACGCGUGAAAAGACGAAAAAAACCGCCGAGGAACGCAAACUGCGAAUCGACAAUUUAAAAAAUGAGAACCUAAAACUACGGGCAAAAAUUGAUUCAGAAAAGCAGCACAUUAAAACACUGCGGGAAAUGAUUGUGCAGGGCAAAAAGAAUGAAGAACAGGAUCGCCUUAUUGACGAGAUAUUGAAUAAAUCCACGGACGACGAAGACGACGAGGACAUCAAACCAAAAUGACUAACGAGCAAUUGUUCUUAAUAUAUCUAAUACUAUUUACAUAUUUUUAAACAAUUCCCCUCUACUAACCGUCAUAGACAUCGAGCUUUUCCAUGUGCAGUGAAAAAACUUCAUCCAUUUUUGGUUGUUAAAUGUAAUAAACCAACGCGUAAUGUAA